AUGGCAUCCUUCGAUGAGUACAUCUCGGUUGGUGUCCGCGACGGCAUCCUUCCGGGGGCUAUCCUUUACGCGAUAGACAAGUCAGGCGCUGGCAGGCCCCUUUCACAAGAACCCCGCCGGCUGUCCGGCGCCAACGUCGACGAGCGCUUCGCCUUCCCCGCUCCUCUACAGCCGGGUGAGGGCUUCAGCUACGGCAGCGCCGUUGACUGGGCCGGCCGCGUCCUCGAGUCCCUCACAGGCACCUCCCUGCAGGCCUAUCUCGACCGCCACGUCUUCGCGCCCCUCGGCCUCACGUCCUUCACCUUUCGCGAGGCCCGCGUCCUCGACGACGGCUCCCUGUGGCCGCUGAGCGUGCGCGACCUCGCCACCGGCACAGCCCAUCCCUACACGGGCCCGCACCUCAACGGUGGCCUCGACCCGGCGGCCGCGCUCGGCGGCCAGGGGCUCUACGGGCGGCUCGACGAGUAUCUCGAUAUUCUGCGCUCGCUGCUCGUCGACGACGGCAAGCUUCUGCGGCCCGCGACGGCGGCGCAGAUGUUCAGGCCGCAGCUGGGCGGCGCGGCGCGGGCGGCGCUCGACCGGGAGAUGGAGGAUCCGUCGUGGGCGGUGGGGGAUUUCCCCGCGACGGGCGAGUACGACUGGGGGCUUGGGGGCUUGCUCAUUGACGGGCAUGCGCAUCUGCAUCGGAGGAAGGGGGCGCUGAUGUGGUCUGGCGCGGCCAACAUUUUCUGGUGGAUCGACCGCGAGGCCGGCGUUGCUGGUCUGUUUGGCACGCAGAUCAUGCCGGCUGCGGAGCCCAUUACCGAGCAGUACAUCAAGGCUUUUGAGGAUGAAAUGUAUUCGAGGGUCGAGGCUUUGACGACCGAGCCCAAGAUGAAAACGCGGCUGUGA